AGAGGAUUCCCGCUGCGAAGAACAUCCAGUGCCCAUCUUCAGGGUGGAGCACGCAUGUAUGUACGAACGCAUGUCGCCGGGUAUAUAAGGGGCAAGUAGACCAGCGUCAGCCAGAAUCCCGCCAACCGCCGCAGACAUGGGAUCCUGGACUAGCUUAGCGGUGUUGGCCCUGGCGGUGGUUAGCGCGCUAAGUUUUCCUGAUCCUGAUUCUGACUACAAAAUUCCGACCGUGGGAGGAGGACAUCGGGCCCAGUACUACGUCCUGCACUCUGACGGCACCUACAAGUAUGGCUACGACACCGCCGACGGAAUCUUCGAGCAGGCUAUGGCGAAGACACCCGGACGUCUGAGCGGAGAGUUCGGAUACAAAGACCCGACAGGCACCGACGUUAAGCUGGAGUAUACGGCUGAUGAGCGAGGCUUCAUCGCAACAGGCGCCCAUCUUCCGGUGGCUCCUGAGGUAACGCUUCCUGAAGCUGUGGCCCCGUCAGUGUACAAAGCAGCUGACCCGGCCCCUCUGCCUGCUGCUGACCCGGUCCCAGCUUUCGAAGAUGUGAUUGCGUUGAGAAGCGGCACUGGUGCGCCUGCUGCCCCGUCCACUUAUGAAGUGGCUGACGUAAUAAGCAGUUUUGGAGAUGAUGGGAGCUACAGCUUUUCGUACGGCACUUCCGGCAGUUCAAGGAGUGAGUCUGGGGACUCUGACAACGCAGUAAGCGGAAAAUAUUCCUACGUGACGGAUGAUGGAGUCGACCACAAGAUCGAGUACGUGGCAGGGGCAGCCACAGGCUAUAUUGCCAGAGGAGAUUCCCUACCCGUGGGUCCACCUGUUCCCGGAGCAGAAUCAGGUAUUCCCACAGGACACAUUGUGCCCGUCCUUAGCGAGGAAGAAGCAAACGCCCUCGCUGGAGCCAGGUACACAGCAGCAGACCCCGACACUCCUGCCCUAACUUACAGCGCAGCUUCCUCUCCCAGGGACGCCUCCUACUCGUUCAGUUACGCCGCCGAUGAUAGCUCUCGCUCCGAAAGCGCCGAUGCCAACCUCAACAUCAAGGGAAGCUACAGCUUCCUGCCGCCUGGCGAGGGUCAGAGACUUAUUGUUAACUACAUUGCAGGAUCUGAGACUGGAUUUGUGGCAGAAGGUGACCACCUUCCUAAAGUUUCAGAUGAUUUUGGCUCGAAACUAACUGGUGUUGCUGAACCUGUCUACCCCGUUCUGACUAAGGCAGCUCCUCCAUCUCAUUCGGCCUCCGCAGCCCUUGCAGCCCCUGUAGCUUCCUCUGAGCCAGCAGGAUCACCUGUCAUCUCGUACAGUGCUCCCUCUGACGCCGCAUACUCCUUCAGCUACGAUGCGGGCGACAGUUCUCGAUCCGAAAGUGCAGACUCAAACCUUAACAUCAAGGGAACCUAUAGCUUUGUGCCUCCAGGUGAAAGUCAUCGGUACAGCGUGAACUACGUGGCAGGAUCUGGCACAGGCUUUGUAGCCGAGGGAGACCAUCUCCCAGUGGCACCAGAGGCCACGUUUGAUUCAAAACUUUCUGGGGCUUAUGAAACUGCUGCACCCGUGCAUGAUACACCGUCAGUGUACAAAGCAGCUGACCCGGCCCCUCUCCCUGCUGCUGACCCGGUCCCAGCUUUCGAAGAUGUGAUUGCGUUGAGAAGCGGCACUGGUGCGCCUGCUGCCCCGUCCACUUAUGAAGUGGCUGACGUAAUAAGCAGUUUUGGAGAUGAUGGGAGCUACAGCUUUUCGUACGGCACUUCCGGCAGUUCAAGGAGUGAGUCUGGGGACUCUGACAACGCAGUAAGCGGAAAAUAUUCCUACGUGACGGAUGAUGGAGUCGACCACAAGAUCGAGUACGUGGCAGGGGCAGCCACAGGCUAUAUUGCCAGAGGAGAUUCCCUACCCGUGGGUCCACCUGUUCCCGGAGCAGAAUCAGGUAUUCCCACAGGACACAUUGUGCCCGUCCUUAGCGAGGAAGAAGCAAACGCCCUCGCUGGAGCCAGGUACACAGCAGCAGACCCCGACACUCCUGCCCUAACUUACAGCGCAGCUUCCUCUCCCAGGGACGCCUCCUACUCGUUCAGUUACGCCGCCGAUGAUAGCUCUCGCUCCGAAAGCGCCGAUGCCAACCUCAACAUCAAGGGAAGCUACAGCUUCCUGCCGCCUGGCGAGGGUCAGAGACUUAUUGUUAACUACAUUGCAGGAUCUGAGACUGGAUUUGUGGCAGAAGGUGACCACCUUCCUAAAGUUUCAGACGAUUUUGGCUCGAAACUUGAUGUGGUUCCUGCCCCUGUCUCUCCUGUCCUGACCAAGGCAGCUCCUGUUGCUGCUCCGGUCCCCACUCUCCUGGAUGAAACUCAGUUGAGGAGUGGCACUGGUGCCUCUGAAGCAGCUGUCGUUCCCGCUAUCAUUGAAGCCGUCGAAGUCAGAGACAGCUAUCAGCCUAUUGGUCACUCGACCCACGUGGUUGGUGAUGUCUUGCUUCAUCAGUACGGCUCGGCGAGUGCCGGCAAGUAUGGUUACGUCUUCACUGCUCUUGACCACUGAAGUGAAUUUAGCCGUACAAAGAGCAGAGAAAAGACAGGACGGACAUUCUUCAAGCUGAAUUUCUGACUACGACCUGAUACGUUUACUAUACAAGGGUAACCGGUGCUGAUUUUUUUGUACUAACAGUUGGGAAAAUGUAAUGUGAAAAAAGCAUUUUGACGAAAAUAAAAAAAAUACAUUCUU